AUGUCUUCUCCGAGGUCUUCUCUGCCUUCUCACUCAAGAUAUCAGGAUUUUAUUGGUGUUAGUGACGAGGAACUGAGUAUUGAUGAUUUUGAUUCUGUUUAUGAGGCAGUCAGACCGCUCUCUGCUCUUUGGAAAUCUAUAGCCAUUUCAUUGCGUCUCAGAAUAUCUACUAUCAACCGUAUAGAAGCUACUACUGGAGGAGCUACUCCUCAUCCUCUACCUCCUCUACCAGUAGCUUUUAUUAAUGUUAGUGACAAAGAACUAAGUAUUGAUGAUUUUUAUUCUGUUUAUGAUAAAGUCAGACCGCUCUCUGCUUGUUGGAGACAGAUAGCCAUUUCAUUGCGUCUCAGAAUAGAUACUAUCAACCGUAUAGAAACUAACAGCCGUGGAGAUGCUAUCUCUUGUUUGCAGAAAGUAAUAGAGUAUUGGCUUAAGAAAGAUUAUGAUUAUGAGCGUCAUGGUGCCCCUUGUACGUUUAGAUCUGAUAUUGCUCAUAGAGUAAUGAAAGAAUGUACUUCAUUAAUAAAGAAUUGUGGGAUUAAUAUUCACUUCUUGGUUGACAAGUUGCUGGAACACAAGAUUAUAAACAUAAGACAGAAGAGAGGAAUAAUUGAUGGCUACACUAAACAAACUGCUGGUGAAAGAAUGGAUAAAUUGCUCAACCUCAUUUCAACCCCCAUUAGAGCGAUUGGAGAAGUAUUUGGUAUAUUCUUAGAUAUACUCAGAGAGGAAGGUACUAGAAGAACUAUUGCACUAGUUAAUAAAUUGCUACAAAAAUAUGAUUCAUUUGAUAAUGCUCCUGACCAAGUACAAUUUGAUGAUAGUACAUCAAAUAUUGCUCAUAGAAUAAUGACAGAAAAUGCUUCAUUAAUAAAGAAUUGUGGGAUUGAUGUUAGUUCCUUAGCUGAGAAGUUACUGGAACACAAUAUCAUAAAUGCAAGAGAGAAGAGAGAAAUAAUUUAUGGAAAUACUGGGCAAAGUGCUGGUGAAAGAAUGGAUAAAGUGCUCGACAUCAUUUCAAGCUCCAUUAGAAUGGAUGAAGAAUACCCAGGAUAUUUUGUUCUGGGUACUCACAGUGAUGAUAAUAAAGCAACACCAGAAAAGGUCCAAAAAUAUAAUAAAGAGCUAUUAUCAUUUACAUCUGGGUCUAAAGCAGAAAAAGGCUAUCAGAUUAUUCCUGCCAUAAUUGAUUGUGAAAUCAUACACCCAGUCAAUACAAUGCUCAAAUCUGGUCCUGACAGACAAGAAAUAUCGAAAAAGCUUUGUGAUAAAAUACUUAUUGACAAGAAUUCAAAUGAUAUAUUCCCUAUGCCAGUUCGAUGGUUUGCUUUUGAGCUGACUUUGCUAAAGAAAGCAGGAAAUGGCAGCUGCCUCAAGACGCAUGAUGUCUUAUCUAUUGGUAGGAGCCUUGAAAUGAAGAAAGAAGAUACAGAGCAGGCUUUACUGUAUCUGCACAAUUCUACCAUUAUUCUUUAUUAUCCUGAAGUUUUACCUGACAUAGUGUUUGUUGAUCCUCAUCCUAUUCUAGAUACUCUAUCACGCCUAUUAGCUCUCACUUACAAAAUUGAUGUAACUCUCCUUACAAAGAAAAGGGUAGAUAUAAUAGAUUCUGAUAAUCUGCAUAAACUAAGGAAAAGAGGGACAUUCACUGAAUCACUGCUGGAUAUGUUAAAUGGUGACAAGGGAUUUUCUACGUCUGAUUUUAUCAGGCUAUUGCUUCAUCUACACAUCAUUGCCAAGACAGAAGAUGAUGAUUAUUUCAUUCCUUCUGCAUUGCCCUCUUAUACUGGUACUCAUCCAGGCUCAGAUACCGUCAACCCAUUACUAAUAGUCUGGCAGAACUCUAAUAAAGAAAUUUUACCUGUUCCCCGUGGAAUUUUUCCUUUGGCAGUUGUCAAUUUAAUGAUAAAGAUCAAUAAGCUAAAAAAAGUAAAAAACCUGCAAUUUUGUUUUCCUCUAGCAACAAAUCAAGAAUCUCAAAAAUAUUUCAGAUAUCAGGAUGCUAUGUCAUUUUGCGUUGAUGAUGUGUUCAAUGAUAUACAAGUUGGCACCAUUCAUUUCAUUAAAAAACACAGGCACAUUGAGAUCCAUUUCACAGGACACAAAGAUGAUGCUUUGAAAUACUGUCCAGAGAUUCGUGAAGCAGUAACAGAAGCUAUUAAUAGCAGUAGUGUUGCUAUAAACUUAAAACUUUCUCAUAAGCUUGCCUUUGCCUGCUGUUCUACAGAGAAAUGUUAUUGUAUUGUCACAAAUGAAGCUGAAGAAACAAUUAAAUGCACUUUAUGCCCCAAACGAGCUAUUAUCAGUGGACAAGAGAAGUACUGGACUUGGUUUCAUGUUACUCACCAGAGCUCAACUGAAGUAAUGACCAACCCUUGUACUUUGGAUAUCACUCGUUUAAAAGAUGUACGUUCAUCUCUACAAGAAAGCAAUUUUUUCGAGUCAAAGUGGCUUGAUCUUAGUGAUCAGUUAGGGUUACUUCCUGAUACUUCGGAUUUUAUUGAAACCAAUUAUUCUGAUGUCAGUAGACGUCUCAGGGAGACACUUAUAAAAUGGUUGGAUGGAGCUGAUGAUGCUUCACCUUCAUGGGGUUCACUAGUCAAAGCACUUGAAGCUAUUGGACAAAAGAAUGUUGCUGAACACAUAAGAUGCAAGUGGAUUAAAAGAAAGCAUACAUGAAAUUACCUGUUACCACAACUACAUUUUUUUAUUUGUUCUUUGACUUCUUUCCUAAAAUACAGUUUUGGCUAUGCAUUUCAAAUAUGUAUUAAUAAAUAAAAAUUCAA